GCCACUUGUAACCAUCAAAACAUCUCCUGAGGCAUGAUCUUCUGAACGACACUUCUUUUGACGGCAAUGCCAAUGCCUGUGUGAAUUUUUACGCCUCUUCUUCUCUCUCGCAUCCCAGGUAAGUCCAAUCCCAAAUCUCCGUCUUCAAGGUAAGUUUUAUUCCCCCGUGUCCUGCUCAAGUGCUCAAGGCGGCCUUCUGCUGAUCACAAGCUAUAGCCCCUCUACCGUUUGUUGCUCUUCCUUGCGACCCCACGUUAUCUGCCUGUGUUUCUAUUCAAUUGCGAUCUAUGGCUACGCAAUCCCUUCCGUCUACACCCAGAGCUGCGCCUGCUGCUGCGCCCGUCGCAACUCCCGCCUCGGAGGGGCCAGGCACUCCAGGCAAAUGGCGACACCCUCAACUGAGUGAGGUUGUGCGACGCCAGAAUGCUGCAACAUUCAAUGAUAAGAACCUGCGGAGUGUGGUCUGGAAUGGAGCUACUCUGAUCUCGACCUGGGUGUUCGGGGGUACAUUAAAGUCGUACGCUCGCCGGAUCUUCGACAGUGACCCUGUCUACCACCACCUCCCUUUGUUUCUCCUGCAGGCGCUCCUGUUCUUCAAUAUUCUCCUGGCUUUGUACCCUCUUUUCAAGCCAAAGGAUGACCUCUCCGAUAUCCCGCUCACCCCUACCCAACGUGCACUCUUGGGCCUGGAUCCAGGUGCGGCGCCUCCUACUACUCCCGGAACUACCUACGUUACCCCACCUCGUUACCGCCUAUCAACUUCGCGCAAAGCAAGCCCUGUCAGCGCGAAUCGCCAGGCCACCUCUCCAUUGACAUCGACCCCUACCUAUACAGACCGCCGUGUCUCAUCUGGAACGCCUUUCUCACCGGCAUCGAGUCCCUUGUUCAAUAAGGCCGUUGCGACUGGAGGUCGAGAAUCGGGUCGGAGACUGAGCAUUGGGUCCUCGUCACCUCUGGCUCGAAGUAACUCGUUCGGGGAAUCCACUAUGUCCAACAUGUCCAGCAUGUCUAGUAUCGGACCUAGCACUCCUUCUCCACUAAGUGGAAAACGCCGCAGCUUGGGUGUGAGUAACAAGUGGCUCUACGAAAGAAGCCGGAGGCUAUCCGCUAGCAACGGCGCUAUGUAAUAGUCAUUACCUCUGUAUCAUCGGCGGCGCGGUUCGGAGUUGCAUUUUGAUUUAUGGGUUUGAGCGGGUCUUCAGUACUGAAAUGAAUGUUGAAACAAUUUUGCCCUCCA